CAGUACAAUUAUGGCUGUGUUCCAAAAUUCAUUGCCAGUGCUGAAAAUGUAUAAUAUAUGUAACGUAAACUAUAGAUUUUCCGUGCUGCACAUACAGUCUACAACGCAAUGAAAUUUCCUAACCUUAAAAAAUAUCAGAAAAUAUCGAAACAAUUUUAAUACAGUUAUCUCUAUAUCACGCAACUUUAAUUAUCAUUUUGGUGUUUAUAUUUACGAGUACAUGAUAUAUAAUACAUACAUUUUCUAAUUUCCCAAAUCAGAGUGAAUAGGUCCACAUAUUUAUCCUUACGCAAUUUCAAUCUUGGUGUGUGACAGAUAAAUCAUUUAGCUUUUUGAUCUAAUGGGUAAGCCGAGAGAUGUAAGUACGGAAGAGGAGAUAAAUUUAGAUACAAAUGAUGUCUCGCCGCAGAAAAGACAUAAGAAACAUAAACAUAAAAAGCACAAGAAAAAAAAGCUUAUCCACGAUGACAGCGAUGCCUUUGUAGAAAUCUCAACCGAUGCUGAUCGGAAGAAAAGCUUUCGAAUAAAAAUGAAAAAAGAAGAUGAACGGAGUUUGGAUAAACGUGAAAAAAUAUUAAAAACAUGUGGUUUGAAUACAGCUGCAAUAAGUACUGCACCUUCUCCGAAAACAGCUGCAAAAAAAAAAAUUCCAAAAGGUAACAAAGGUAAAGAUAGUGGAACUAGCAGCGAAGAAGAAAGAUGGCUUGACGCCAUUGAAUCUGGUAAACUGGAGGAGGUUGAUGACGAAUUAAAAAAAAUUAAGCCAAAAGAUCCAAAGUUAAUGACAGCACGACAAAGAGCAAUGUUCGAAAGAAAGACUGAUACAGAGCCGAAUCCAGGUGUCGAACAACUCAUGUCGUUACCUACUGGUUACAAAGAAAAAGUCAUGACUGCCGAAGCUAUACAGAAGGCUGCUCUAAAGUCUCUGAAACGGAAACAACUUGCUGAUGAAAAAAGAGAAAAAGAUAAGAAAAAGACAAUGGAAAGAUUGCUUAAGAAGCAAGAAUCUAAAGCAUCCAAAGUUAUCAGUAAGGGAAGAUUAUCUAAACGACAAGUACCAUUAGUGACGUAUCGCUUAACGAUUGAAGGAAGUUCUAUAUCUUUACCUCCCGGUGAAAAUUUUCCACUUUCUUCUGCCAAAGAGAAAAGUCCGCCAAAACAAAUCCUUUGCGGGGUAAAGCAAUGUAAAAAUCUCAAAAGAUAUUCAUGUUCGAAAACCGGAAUACCAUUGUGUAGUUUAAAGUGUUAUAAAGUCAAUCUCCUUUUAACUAGGUGAACUAGAUGAUACAAACUUUUUUCCAUAAAUUUUAA